CGCAGCUCCUGCCCCAAUUCCCCUCCCUCGCCUGUGUGUGGGAAGCAGCAUUUUUAGGAAAAGUCUCAGCUUGAAUGCAGACACACGGAAGGCAGCAAGCCAGGAGCUAUGUGGCAGCUCGGUGCCCGCUCCCUGUGCCGGCAGAGCUGCUGCAGCAGGCAGAGCUGGCUGCCCUGGCCCAGCCACUGCCAUGGCCCCCGCCCUGCAGCCCCACAGCACCGCGGCACCGCCUGGACCCCCGGGAUGGCCCCGGCCCGCAGCCUCUCCGCCGUGGACACCUCCAUCCGCCUCUCGCCCGCCGCCCGCAGCCUCUUCGAUGAGCCGCUGGCCAUCGCCGUGCAGGGCCUGGGACCGCGGCAGCAGGUCACCCUGCGGACAUCCCUGCGGGACGAGACAGGAGAGCUUUUCCAGGCCUAUGCCCGCUACCAAGCGAGAGACAACGGCGAGCUGGACCUCGCCCGCUGCCCCGCGCUGCCGGGAGGCAGCUUCUGCGGGCUGGAGCCCAUGGGGCUGCUCUGGGCUUUGCAGCCUCAGAAGCAGUACUGGCAUUUAAUGAAGAAGGACGUGCAGAGCCCUUUCCUGCUGCAGCUGGAGGUGUUUGAGGGCCACGGAGAGUCCCCCGGGCGGCUCCUGGCCCAGGCGCAGCACGAGCGGGUGUUCCUGCGGGAUGGGGUGCGGAGAGUCCCGGUGCGAGAGGGGAGGAUCCGGGCGACGCUUUUCCUGCCCCCUGGAGAAGGCUCCUUCCCGGGGAUCAUUGACAUACAUGGACUUGGAGGAGGACUGCUUGAGCACAGAGCCAGCCUGAUGGCCAAUCAUGGCUUUGCCACACUGGCUCUGGCUUAUUAUCACUAUGAGGAUCUGCCCAAGGAGCCAACUGAACUCCACCUGGAAUAUUUUGAAGAGGCAGUGAACUAUAUGCUGCAGCACCCACAGGUAAAGGGACCAGGAGUUGGACUGCUUGGUUACUCCAAAGGAGCUGAGCUGAGUCUUGCCAUGGCUGCCUUUCUGAAGAACAUCACUGCUGUUGCUUCCCUCAAUGGCCCCGUGGCCAUUACAACUAUUCCUCUCUGUUACAAGGGUAAAACCAUCCCCUCUUUGCCCUUUGAUGAACAACGGACAAAGGUCAUUGAUUCCCAUAUUUUUGAUUAUUCUGAACUCUGUCUUGACCCCUUUCAAGCCCCUGGCAACCAAAGCCUGAUCCCACUAGAGAAAGCUGAGGCACAGUUACUGUUCAUUGUUGGACUCGAUGAUCACGUUGUUAAAUCCAAGUAUUAUGCUACUGAAGCCUGCAAGCUUUUGCAGGCUCAAGGGAAGGAAAAUUUUCAGAUUCUCUCCUACCCUGGAACAGGGCACUGCAUGGAACCUCCCUUUUUCCCUUUGUACUCCAUAGGAAGGCAUCCCCUUUUUCACAAGUGGGCAGUCUUGGGUGGGGAGCGUGGGGCUUAUUCUAAAGCUCAGGUUCAUGCUUGGCCACAGAUCCAGGCUUUUUUCAACAAAUAUUUAAAUUAAAAUUAAUGUGAAAAAUAGAUGCAACUUUAAAUUACCUAACUUGACAGGCAUUUUUUGCUCAAAGUUGUAUCAGUACAA